UGUACAGUGUGGAGAUAUUUAGUAUCCAGCCCAACAGUUGGCAUGAACAAACUGUUGAGGACGUUCUGCUCAACGUCCAACAAAGAUUCCACCCAAUGCUUUCUGAAUUCUGGGUGCAAUGAAAACAAAAAAGCUGGAGCUAAAAUAAGACUAUUGUCCAACCUCUUAAAGCAGAUGCUUUCACCAGCCUGCUGGGCGUCCUGUCAAAAAACAGUCAGAAGAAGAGCUGACAGGCCAGACCCCCAUAAAAGCUCAGGAUGUAAACAGGAGCUGAGGUCUGGAUAUGUGAAAUACCCUGGACUCAGUGGAGCUUCACCCUUCCAGUUUCUGACCCAUACAGCUGCAGAUCCGAAAGUCAUUAUGAUCAUAAAAUGAAGGUCGUGCAGGGACAUUAGAUAGAACUGAGAAAGGAAACGAGUAUUGACGUGGAUCCGUCCGGAGGAGCCUGACACGUCAACGAUGUCUCUGGGAGCAUGAGCGCCGUCGGAAAGCAGCAUGACAUGGUGUGUGAGAAGGCAGCUGCACUCAUCGCUGACCUCUGCAUGCAGGACAGCCCACUGUUAGACCACAAGACCUGCGACGACUUUUAUUUCCUCAUCGCUAACCAGGACUACAGCCUCAACCAACCUGCCUCAGACAAAACUGUUGGCAUACCCAUUGGUGUUCUGGUGACGUGUGGACUGGCACUGCUCCUGCUGGUGGCAUUAGCAUCUUGGAAACUGUGCUGGGUACCUUGGCGCAACAAGGCUGUCGCAUCAUCCAGUUCUGUUGCCCUGACCCCAGACAGCUACCUGUCCCUGCAGCCGCUUUCACGCGUGCCCAGCCCCCAGCAGCCCCUGGUUGGCAUAGCCAUGGAGAAAGUGAAGGAGUCGUUGGCCCCAAUGGGCUUCCUGGAGGCAGCUAUGAAGAUCAGCCACACAUCGCCUGACAUCCCGGCUGAGGUACAGCUGUCCAUGAGGGAGCACUUCUUGCGACGUACACGCAUACAGAGACAGACCACUGAGCCCACCUCGUCCACCAGGCACAGCUCCUUCAAACGUCACCUGCCACGUCAGAUGCAGGUGGGCAGUCUGGAUCUAGGAGAUGACUAUGUGGAUGUGGAUGCUGAUGUGGAUGAGAAGCCCACGAGCAUUGGCCGCAUCAAGCCCGAGCUAUACAAACAGAGCACACUAGAAAGUGAGGGGUCAGCCAAGAACAGCAGCGCCAAGACCUGUGGUAAGAUCAACUUCUCGCUGCGAUAUGACUAUGAGAAUGAGACACUGCUGGUUCACGUCAUCAAAGCCUUCGAUCUGCCAGCCAAAGACCUCUGUGGAAGCUCUGACCCCUACGUCAAGAUCUACCUGCUGCCUGACCGCAAGAAAUUCCAGACGCGAGUCCAUCGCAAGAUGCUGAACCCCACGUUCGAUGAAAGCUUCCAGUUCCCGGUGCCCUAUGAUGAACUGCAUGCCAGGAAGCUCCAUCUCAGUGUGUUUGAUUUCGACCGCUUCUCCAGACAUGACAUGAUCGGCGAGGUUGAGAUGGAUAACCUGUUUGAGACGUCUGAUCUCUCCCGGGAGACGUCUAUCUGGAAGGACAUUCAGUACUCCACCUCUGAGAGUGUGGACCUUGGGGAGGUCAUGUUCUCUCUCUGCUACCUGCCAACUGCUGGAAGACUUACGAUGACUGUUAUCAAGUGCAGAAAUCUCAAGGCAAUGGACAUCACCGGAUAUUCAGAUCCUUAUGUGAAAGUGUCUCUGAUUUGCGAUGGAAAACGUUUGAAAAAGAAGAAGACGACAAUCAAAAAGAACACACUCAACCCCACCUACAAUGAAGCCAUCAUCUUUGACAUCCCACCAGAGAACAUGGACCAAGUCAGCCUGCACAUCUCUGUCAUGGACUACGACUUGGUGGGUCAUAAUGAGAUCAUUGGUGUGAACCGUGUUGGGUGUGGAGCUGAGGGUUUGGGAAGAGACCACUGGAAUGAGAUGCUGGCAUAUCCACGCAAACCCAUCGCACACUGGCACCCACUGUUUGAGCCCAAGAAAUCAGAAAAAGAGUGGAAAACUAGGACGGCUAGUUUUGACAGUCAGGGCUCAUGCCCUUCCCCCAGAGCACCCGCCAGCCCUUGAAAGGAACCACAUGUGACCCAGAAGGCCAGACUCCCCUUUCCUUCUUACUAGCUGUCUGUGUGCCCAAGAUAGAAAACAAGAACAUAACAAGGCCAGAACACUGCAUCCUGCCGUCUUCAAGUCUUCUUGGUGUCUCCAGGGCUUUCAAACACUGGUCCAAUAUAAAUUUCUGCAGUAUUUGUCUAAAAUCUCUGGAGCCCGAAACCUGAUCUGCAGUCAGUUCUCGGAGCAUUGUGCACAGUUAUUGCACUCUGAAAAGUUACAUCAGAAAGCAGAAAGGUUUUUUCCAAAUGAAAUAUAUUUUAGGACUGAGCAGAGUUAAACCUGACCACAGCAUUCUCAGAGGAAUCACUUCCACAGGUUUAGAAGGGAGGGGCUAUUAGAUGAACGUGCUACUCUGAGCUUGUUGUUGAGAAAAAGAUAAGCUUGUGUUACAGAGCCAAGCGCUGAGCGGUUAGAGCUGAAAUGGAAGCUAAAGCAUGGCUGACUCAUGGAAAAGCACCCCUUCAAAGGAUGAUGGAUUAU